CAGAUAUGAGUGGUCUGUACCUUCUUUUAUCAGACAUUUUCUAAAGGACAAAUAAUUUACAUUUCCCCACCGGAGGAGGAGGUGUGGCACCGCCGCGUGUCCGAGCUGUAGGUGGCACAUGGAUGGAUGACUUUUGGUGUGAAGAUAAAGAAAGCCAAGAGUCCGUGUAACUUUAUAUAGGUCACACGUGAUCGCCACAUUAUUUCAAAUAACUCCUAUCGCCUUUAAUAACAGACUUGUGGAACUCGGAGAGGCACCCAGGUGCGCUCCAUGUUUCAUUUAGGACACACCGGUACCGGCGGUACCUGCGGGACAUAAAGCAGCAGUAAGGACUCGGGAGCAGCGUUGGGCUGUGGGCCAGUGAUGCCGGACACAUUCACGCUCAUAAAGAACCGGACAGAGCCGCGGCUGGGGCAGCUAGAGCGCACGCUGGCCACGGAGGGGAGCGCCCGCCCCGCCUGGGUCAUAGCAAUCCUGGCCAGCGUGCUGAUCUUCACCACGGUGGUGGACGUGCUGGGGAAUCUGCUGGUGAUCAUAUCGGUGUUCAGGAACCGAAAGCUGAGGAACUCCGGUAAUGUGUUUGUGGUGAGUUUGGCAUUUGCUGACCUUGUGGUAGCCUUCUACCCCUACCCCCUGGUUCUCUAUGCUCUCUUCCAUGACGGAUGGGCACUGGGAAACACGCAAUGCAUGGUCAGUGGUUUCCUGAUGGGACUGAGUGUCAUCGGUUCCAUUUUCAACAUCACUGGGAUCGCAGUGAACAGAUACUGCUACAUCUGUCACUCGUUCUCCUACAGUCGGCUGUACAGCUAUCGCAACACCCUGCUGUUUGUUGCCUUAAUUUGGCUGCUCACAGUGGUGGCCAUUGUCCCCAAUUUCUUUGUCGGCUCCCUGCGCUACGACCCACGGGUCUACUCCUGCACCUUCGCCCAGAAUGUCAGCAGUUCCUACACGGUGGCGGUUGUGGUGGUCCACUUCCUGGUUCCCAUCGCAGUGGUUACCUUCUGUUAUCUCCGCAUCUGGGUACUUGUGAUUCAGGUGCGGCGUAAAGUUAAGACUGAGGAGAGCCCUCGCCUCAGGCCUAGUGACUUGCGGAAUUUCAUCACCAUGUUUGUGGUCUUCGUUCUGUUUGCCAUCUGCUGGGCCCCGCUUAACCUGAUUGGCCUGGCAGUGGCCAUAGAUCCGUCCCGUGUGGCCCCCCGUAUCCCAGAGUGGCUGUUUGUGGUCAGCUACUUCAUGGCCUACUUCAAUAGCUGUCUGAACGCCAUCAUCUAUGGCUUACUGAACAGGAAUUUCAGGAACGAGUACAAACGCAUUGUCACCUCCGUUUGGGUGACUCGGCUUUUUGUGACAGAGACUUCGCGAGCCGCCACGGACGGCAGGAGCAUGAAGAGCAAACAAUCGCCGCCGCCACCGCACAACAACAACGAGUCAGUCAGAGAUCGCAUAAACAAAGAAUGAAGACAUGUAUCCUUGAGUCUGUUAUAAAUGGUAAUUCCUGUUUUUAUGUGACAUCCAGAUGGUUGUGCAGCUAAAGAGUUUUGAAAACAAAUGAAACUGGAACGUGUGGCUCCGUUUCCUGUUGGCUGACAUCAGUCAUCAGGGUGCAGGAGAACAUGUUUACAUCUGUGGAUGUUUUUUUUUUUUUUUCAGUUUUGAGGGAGCUAUGGAGAAUUGCAGUAUAUAUAUAUUUAAUAUGCUGAGCUCUUGAAAGUUUAUCGUUUGAAGGAUUAACUCAACAACUUUGUUAAAGUGCUACAUAAGGAUGAUUUUGUAAGUUUUCUCUGUGAUUUGUACCCAUUAAGCAUUAACAGAGCAAACAUUUUAGAGAUGUUGUUACAGCCUGUGAGGACGGAGCCAUGCGUUGCAGUUUCGUGUUGUUCUUACUCUAAAAACAAUCUGAAUGGUACAUUAAUAUUACAUUAAAAUGUAAUAACCUUUAAUGUCUGCUGCUGUAGACUCUUAGAUAUAUUUCAUAAAACUGGGGAAACCACUGGUAAACACACACCUCUCUUUAGUAACUUCAGAAGCCUCAAAUAGUGCAACUCGCCUCACCUAACUGCUAGAUUAGUAAAAGAGGAGAUGAUGUCAGUCUGUCAGAGUUUGUGCUCACCAAGCCUGACUGUGACUGCAGCGUACAGUUCAUGCUGCCUGACCUGACCCUCUUGCACUGCAAAGAACAAGAGACAAAAAAACUUAGUAAUACAUAUAAUGAAUUCAUUCAGGAAAUUAAGUCACUCAUAGAUGACACAAAACAAGCAAGAUGACACUCACACUACACCAUGCAAGACCUGCCAAUUAUCAUGGUUAUUUCUCAAGUCUCAAAACAAAUAAUGCAUGUGAUGUAGCAUGUGGAAGACACCUGAACAUUUACUAUUGCUGCUACAUCCAUCAGUCUGAUCCAAUACAUCAGCUGCUGCAGUUUGACCAUUAUUUAGCUUUAAAAACACUAUAUAAAAUAGAUUGGACGGACAAUAUAUAUCAACAUUUAAAGUACAGUAUAUUUUUGGUUACAAUCGGCACAGGGCUACACAGACAAGGAGACAAAAUGAAUAUUUUAUGACUGUAAGCCUACAGUGGAGGGCACAAUUUGAUGUAGAGAACGCCAGUGGUGGAAAGUAACGAAGUACAUUUACUACUGAGCAGUAAAUAAAGUAGAUAAAAUACUGUAUCUCCACCUUUAUCAACUGCAACAAUCAAGUGAUGUGCACAUUAAUGCAACAGUGAUUAUAAUCCACUAUAAUAUAUACAGUAUUGUUCCAUAAUGGGUAUAAUGAGAAGAACAUCCACACUGCAGGAGAGUAAAACAGUCUGAUAGUAUGACAGUUAGACCUCACACAGGGAGAACACAACACCACACACUGAUGUCAACAUAAAAAUAAAAUCGCAAUGCAAUAAGUUGUUUAGUUUCACCAAAUAGCCAAGUGCAAUAGCAUGGAUGAUUCUUUAUGCACACUGACACUUUGCUAUGCAAUUCAUAUUAAAGUGGCUGUCACGGUCCAAGGUGUCCUACAGCACUUGUAUCUAAAAAUCAUAUCCAGUUAAUUGAGACAGAGUAGUCCCUCAGCUUGGUGCAUUAAUGUUUUAACAAGAUGACACAAAUCUCAACAAUUUACUGUAAAUAAUGCUGAUCCCUGUGUUAGAAAACCUUCUGCCCCAACAAAAAGGAAUUGGAUAAAUUCAUUCACUGAAUGUGCAGCAAGCAAUAUAGAAUGGACACAGGUUUCUCUGCUUCCUGCAUCACAUGCCUCAGUAGUUAUCUUAUGCAGUGGCAAGUCUUAUUCUUCAUUCUGAAAUACUUAUGCAAAAUUUUAGCUUUUUCAUUUCAUAGGUAAUAAUUAAUGUUGUUAAUUUGUUUUCUCGUUACAAAAAAAACUUCAUUCAUCAGAGACACAUUUUAAAGCUUUCACUGUGGAAAAACACAAAGAGAAAACACAAAGUACAUUAACACGAGUGUCACGAGUAGUACUGUCACAUGGUCAUAAUUGGAUUAAUCAAAGAGUGAUAUUCAUUGCCUCUUGUCUGAAUUGUGUUUCCUAAGAUGUAGAUUGUUGAGAAGGUACAGCUCAUAUCUGUAUUCCCAUCUCAGGGUGCCUACCAAACAUUUCAUCGUGUCAUACCAUUCGUUAGCUGCCGUAUAAGGGAGUGUGAAGACAUUUCAAAGGGAUAUUUUGUAAAUUAGUGUCAGUGUGGUUUUUAACUGUGGUAUAUUGUUAUUGGAGAUGUAUUCAAAAUGUGUUUUUUAAAAUAUAUCUGAAGCUCAAUAACCCCACACAAUUAACAGUUUAUUAUAGGACAUUGCUUGACCUUUCUCUCCACUCACUCUACUACAGUUGCAAAGUGUAUCUAAAAAAAAAAAAAAAAUCUGCUCAAUUGUGUAUUACAUCACUGCUGAUACAUUUGUUUUUCUGUGUGGAAUGAAGGAAUCAACUUCUGAUUGCACAAAUCAAAUAUCAAGGAAUAGCAAAACAGGUUCCUCAUAAUAAAUAUGAUGGUUAUUUUUUUCAUAUUUGAAUUCACUUUGCUGCACGUGUGUUCUUAUACAGGGUAAAAAUGUGCAAAGCCAUAGAACAAGAAUGGUAACAGAUGCAAAGCACAAAGUCGUACUAUAAAUAUUCAUAGGACAGGACAGAUACAAGAGCAUUGCAAGCAGGGGAUGGAAAUUUGGAAGAAAACAAUGAUAUUUGUGGUGCAGAGGAAGGUAGAAACAGGAGGUACAUAAAGUCUUUUUGUUGAGGAGAUGGGAUUUAGAUAAAUAUAGGGAGUGACUACGCUGUCCUGACAACAGAGGUGUGGGAAGGUCAUUUCACCAUUGGGGAAGCGGGAGUGGCAUCCAGGUCGCUGCAGGGAAGGGAGUGCUGAACAGCAACAGCAAAAGAGUGAUGUUGUUAUGGUACAGAGAAAACUCACAGUCAAACAUCUGGAGAGUGUUUUAGAUGUACUGGGAGGGAAGCAAAGACUUCAAUUUAAACCAAAGAAAUGGGCAUAGCUGAGGGGAAAUCUUUAAAACACCUUGGGUCCUUUUUUUUCCAUUCAGAAGUACUGCCUUACAAUUAAUACAAUAGUGUCAAAUUUUAAAUAUUACGGCAAGUGCCAUAUUUUCUAUUAAAAAUGAACCCAUUCAGCAAACCUGGUUUACAUUCAUACUGAUUCUUUUUAUGUAUUCAGGACAGCUGUCUAUAGAAAGGUUUCUCUCCAGCACCAUACAGAAGUUCACAUGUGGACCUCAGGCAAGAGACUCAAUUGCUGAAACAGAAGAACAAAUAUUAUCUUUUUCCCCUUUGUUUUUUUCUUUCUUUGUAUCCUAAAGCAAAAUUAUGUAACUAUGUUCAUUUAUGUUCCCUAUGCUCAGUGUCUGCAAUCUUACUUUGGACGUGCUUCUCCAUCCAACCAAAUACUGUUUGAGACCUUGCUUGCUAACUUGGGUUCACUAUUUUCUAAUGUGCACAUAAUUACAAUGCUGUUUCCAGUCAUUUACAACCUGGAAUAGCAGCACAACUUCAAAGCUUUGGUUUUAAAACUAACCUUUCUCUUGCAAAUUCUCACUGGGUUUUAACACAGUCCAAUAAGGUCAUCAUUCAGUCCACCAAAAUCCUGUGAUGAGUCUCGUUUUCAGUCUGAAGAAAUGGUCACAAAACCUGACAUUCUUUUAUUAUGUGGACACGCCUGGUUAUGCUGUGAGCGUCCUAUUUUCAAAAAUAAAAAAUCAUCCCUGUGUUUGAUUGUCGUGCUGGACUGUGUUUACAGCAGGUGAGAUGCUGCAGCUGAGUGCUAAGUUAGUUUCUCACUGCAGAAGCUUCUGUUGUGCUUGUGCUUAUAUGAUUACAAGUGAGGCAAAACAACACUCUGAGUUCUGAGUCAAAAACUGUGAACUUAUAGGUUUAUUAUCAUAAAGUGUAAAUUAAAAAAGCAACAUAUAUAUUAAUGGUGUAAAUACAAUUCUGCCUUUAAAAUAAAAUUGCAAGGAAGUUAUCAGUGAAGGGUGUCACACUGUUUUUAUUGAGAGAUGAAAGCUAAGGGUGUGAUGUGCUACUGACCACCCUCUCUUACACCCUGUCCCUCAUCCAUGCAGUAUUCAUACUGCAUCUACCAUAGACCACAAGAUAUGAUGAAAUCAGAAUUUAAUACAUAUUUACAAAUUUGGAUGCCACUGAGACAUUCCAGUGAAACUACAGUAAUAUGAUAAUUAAGGCUGUUGCUCAUCAAGGCUUGUUGAAAUGCAACACAGCUUCUUAAUCUGCUAUGCAAACACUUGGCAACCUCAUAAGUGGGUGUAAGAGAGGGAUAAUAUGGGGGCGUCUAGUGGCCUAACGGUUAAGGCUCAUACCACAUAACCAUGAUGUCAGUGGUUUGAUGUGCAUGCCCCCCUCCCCCUCUUUGUGUCUGUACUAGAUUGUCAGCUGUCAAAGGCAAAAUGUCAAAAAAUAAUAUUUACAAAAAUGGGAUAAUUUAAACGUUGCCCUCUGCCAGCAUCUACCAAGUGUGUGCUACAUGCCCGAGCACAAAUAUCUUGCCUCAUAAAGUUUUCAUAGGCUGAGGGAUGUAGGCUCAUGAUUUACUGUACAUGUGGCAACCCUAAGGCCUGUUCACUUGCUUUAUUUUCGUCUUGACAUACUCCCUAUACAGUACUCAGAUCUGUGUCAUUUAUGGGUUAUGUAACAGCGUGACAACAUCAGCUCAGAGCUAAAGACAGAAAAGGAUGCAGUGCUGAUCGAAUUACAUGUAUUUGCAAGGCACCUUUACUAAGAUGAAAAUAAUAAUGAUAAGCCUUGGGGACAUAAGUGAAUGCAGAUACAGUGUACUGUCAUGGGAAAUACAGUGACAAACCACAGAAAUGUAUGCACUGCCUCCACUGUUUACAAACUAGAAACCAGUCUCAUUCGCAUUUCACACCGUGAUGAUGAAAAAUAUUAAUGAAACAGCUAUUAAAAUGUUUGCAAAGCACAAAUCAGCUGCAGCUCCUUAGACGCAAGUAGGAUCUCAUUUCCCCCUGCAGCCUGAAAUCUUUGAGGCAUGAAUUAAAUCACACAGUAUGAUGGGAAUAUUACACAAGAAUUCCUGUUCACACUGAUCGGGUGCUUUUACACAACAGGAUGUGGGAUUCAUGAACAGGGUUUGUAACUAAAACGUGGUUUGGUGUGUUUUUUUUUGUUUUUUUUUUGUUGUUGUUGUUGUUGCCUAUAGAGGCACCAGAUUAAACAAGUCAACUAAAAUGUCUGUUUAGAAUGUGAGCAAGGUUGGAAACUGGUGACUGAACUAAUGUUUCAGGCAUUUAGCCAGCUGACUACUUGUGUCUUUAUAAAUGUCUUCUGUUCCAGAGGCUGUGUGACUGUGCAUGCUUAUCUGAUGUUAUUUAAGUUCAUUGACAAGAAUUUAUAAACAGGUGCAGGCCGCAAUGUCCAGAAGAUGAUCUGAGUAACAUGAACCAAAGGGAAAUCUGUGGAAUGUAAUGGAAUUAAACAUUUUAACACUCUUAAAGGCUUGGUCAUGACACCGAGCCUCAUCAAAACGAACUGUGUGUAAAAAGAUAUGCAUUAUGUGUACAGUUCUCCUGAAACAUGAUGUUAUGGAAAAUAAAACUGAUAUAUCACA